CUAUAUAUAAAGGAAAAAGAUAUACGGGCGGGAGAGAUAACAAAGAUUCUCCACGUCAUCGUGAUGGCUGCUAAAAUAAAAUGAUGGAAACACACGGUCACAGGGCAUGGGUCUGGUGUAGCAAGAAGAAGCAAACGUCACUCUUUUUCUCCAUAACCAUAACCUCUCUUUCCUCUUUUCUCUCCUUUGGCUUUCCAAUUCAUCCUUGCCAACAACAUUAAUGGAGGUCAAGUAUCAAGAGGAGUACAUUAGGAAUUCAAGAGGAGUGAACCUUUUCACUUGCAGAUGGCUGCCUGUUUCUUCUCCAAAAGCUCUCGUCUUCCUCUGCCAUGGUUAUGGCAUGGAAUGUGGUGACUUCAUGAAAGGAUGUGGGACGAAGCUAGCAAGUCAUGGAUAUGCGGUGUUCGGGAUAGAUUAUGAAGGUCAUGGGCGAUCCAUGGGUGCACGUUGUUACAUCAACAAGUUUGAUGACCUUGUCACUGAUUGUUGCACCUACUUCAAAUCCAUAUCAGACGUUAAUUUUGUUAAAUUCUCAGAAAAGGAAGAAUACAGGAAGAAGAAAAGAUUCUUAUAUGGAGAAUCAAUGGGUGGUGCAGUUGCCCUUGUUGCACACAGAAAAGAAGCCCAUUUCUGGGAUGGCGCUGUUCUAGUGGCUCCCAUGUGUAAGAUAUCUGAGAAGGUGAAGCCCCACCGGGUGGUGAUAAGCAUACUAACAAAAGUAGAAGAUGUGAUCCCCAGAUGGAAGAUUGUUCCUACAAAGGAUGUCAUCGAUUCUGCUUUCAAGGACCCUGUUAAGAGAGAGAAGAUACGCGGGAACAAGCUGAUAUAUCAAGAGAAGCCGAGGCUUAAAACAGCUCUUGAAUUGCUUAGAACAAGCAUGGCGCUUGAACAGAGCUUGAACCAGGUGAGGCUCCCUUUCCUUGUGUUGCAUGGAGAAGCAGACAGUGUGACAGAUCCAGAAGUAAGCAAGGCUUUGUACAAUGAAGCAAGCAGUAAAGACAAGAGCAUAAAGAUAUACCCUGGUAUGUGUCAUGCCUUGACCGCUGGUGAGACCGACCAAAAUAUCCAUAUUGUCUUUGCUGACAUCAUCUCUUGGCUCGAUGCCCGAUCAUCAUCAUCCCAUGCUAGACACCUGCUGCACCAUCACUCCGCCAUGUAAAACAAAAAAUAUUCAGACUUACUUGCAUCAAUUCAAUUAUAAAAAUAUUAUUAACAUCAUACAACCAUGAACCAUCCAUAUAUAGGAAAGUACUCAUCAGAAUUAAAAAACAAUAACCAUCACCAUCCCUCUAAUUCCCUCUAUCUUUAAAAUAAAUGGAUCUCCAAACGAUAUCGGUAUUUGUAUUCGUGUGCAUAUAUGCCUAAAUACUAAUUAAGACCAGGAAAAAAACAUUAUAUUAAGUUAUUAUAUACCGUUGUUCAAAAUUC